UCAGUUUUGAAAAUCCAGUUCUGCCAACCUGAAUAAUCGCAAUACAAUCCGUAAGAAAAUCAAUAUCGAUCUAUUUAAAUCAGUUUAAUGAAAAAAAAAAAAAAAAUGAAAUGAAUUAAUCAUAAGGAUCUAAAUGAUUUAUUAUUAAUGCUCAAUAUUUUCCAACACAUGGAACGAAUAAAUAUGAAAAAAUGUAUCUACGUUUAAUAUGUUGGUUGGAGUGAAUUUUAAAAUGACAGUUACAAACAUUUGUGAAAUUGUUGUGUAUUUUGGUUUUGAUUACAAACAUUGUUGCAAUUCGUAUUUGUAUAAAAUACCAAGUAAACCAUUAAAUUUUCAAACUUAUAAAUGAAAUGUUGACUUUCUGAAGAAGUUGUGAAUUAUCAAUCAGUUAAGAUGAUCAAAGAUUUUGUUAUUCCUGUGAAUAAAGAUGAACUUUUGCAAAGUCGGAGCGGACAAUAUGUUGUUAAAGAAAUCGUUCCAAUACGAUUAUUACCGCAAGCUCUUGACGAAGCUCGAUUGGCACUGCAAGCAAAUGGAGCUAAUUUUAUUUUUGAACAUUUUGAUACAUUUUUCUCUGUAGUUGUUCAUGAAAAUAAAGUUGAAUUAACAAUUGUUCAACGUGCCUUUACUAGAAUCCAGAAAGGUUUUGAAAUGUUGGUACUUAACAUGGAAAGUAUAUUUGAGAAAGGAAACGAAUUGGAAGAAGAACAUAGAUUGACCUUGUUAAAUAUGAAUAAAAUGCUUGCAUAUUUACUUUCUUGGUUUAUCUGCUACAUAGAUGACGAAGUUUUUAAAGAUGAUAAAUUCUUGGGCAAGCGCAAAAAAUCUACAAAGUCAGACAUGGAGGAAGAAUGGGAAUCUAAUAGAGAGAAAGCUUUAGAGUACAUUUAUAGAUUGUUACAACUUCCAUUAUCAAAACUUUGGCAGCCUCCUAUUGUAGAAGAUUCCUUUAUCAUAUUAUUCACCAAAGUGUGCUAUAAAGUUUUAGAACAAUGUAAAGAUUCAAAACAGAAACAUACAAGAUUAACUGUUUUUCAGAUUUUAGGCACUGCGGUCAAAAAGUACAACCAUGGUAUAAGCUGUGUGAUAAGAAUUAUUCAGUUAGUAAAAUUACAUGAUACAUUAGCAUCCCAUAUGGCUAUUGGAGUUAUUUAUAUGAUUAAUAAUCAUGGUUGUAAUGGUUUAAUAAGAGAAAUAAUGAAAGAGAUUGAUCAAAGUGAAUUAUCUGAACUUGACAAUCGUAAUAUAUCGACAUUUUUAGAGACUAUUGCUUCUUCUGGCCCAAAUCUCAUAAUUCCUAUUCUUGAUGAUGUGAUGGAUUAUUUAACUAGUGAGCAUUAUAUUAUGAGAAAUUGUACUAUUUGCAUUAUACGUGAAGUUGUACAAAAAGCAUUAACUGGAGAUGAUCUCACACAAAAAGAAAAGGAUCAACGUGAUGAAUGCCUUAAUAACUUAGAAGAACAUAUUCUUGAUAAUAAUGCUUAUGUCAGGUCAAAAGUUUUACAAGUUUGGCAACAUUUAUGUUGUGAAGGUGCUAUUCCAUUAGCAAGACAAGGAAAACUUCUAGCAGCUUCUGCAUUACGUUUAGAAGAUAAAAGUGCAAAUGUACGAAAACAAGCAUUACAAUUAAUACGUGCUUUACUACAAAGCAAUCCAUUUGCAGCAAAAUUAAACAAAGUAGAAAUUUCUAAGUCAUUAGAAAAGGAAGAAAUAAAACUAAGAAAAUUACAAACUGAAAGUGUUAAUAAAAGUACUCGUGGUGAUAAACAGAGAUUGGAAUUAUGGAAUACUUUUCUUCCAGAAAUAAGAAAGGCAUUAAAAGAAGUUAUUAAUGAUGGAAAGAAAAAUAAUAAAAAACGAGAUGAAGAUGAAGAAGAAGAAGAAGAAGAAGAAGAAGAAGAAGAUAUUAAUAGUGAUACAGCAUUUGAACAUGUAAGACAAUUAAUGCUUAAAGAAAAAAUACUUGAAGCAGUAAAACAUAUGUGGAAAAUUUGUCUGCACUUGAAACAAAAUUCGGAUAUAGAAGAUUUUUCUCCUGAAGCAAAAGAAGAAUGUCUGUUUUUACUUUUAUUAAAAACAUUUAUGGAAUCCGAAAGUAAUCCAAUUGACGAAAACAAGAAUGCAGAUACACAACAUUUAGAAGAUAAGAAUAAGGAAAACGAUGAAAUAUUAGCACUAAAACGAGUUGUAAAUUAUUUAAAAAAUUGUUUGGAAUUUGCAAAUGAAUUAGAGAUUGCUAUAUCUAUGGCGGAGAAAUUACUUUUUUCCACCGUAGCAACCGAUGCGAUCGAAGCAUGUACUUUACUUGGAGUUGCUCACCAAUUUGGUGUAGCUGGAGCUGCAACUGCUAUUCGCGAUGCUUUAUUUCAAGUGUUUCAUCGUGAUCAGUCAGUACGCAACAAUAUAGCAUUAGUAUAUAAAGAUCUUUAUUUAAAUAAUCACGAAAAUCAAAAAUCAAAACGACAAGAGGCUCUUACAUGUGUCAAAUCGUUGAUUGAUUUAGUAAAAGGACUUCAACCAGGUCAAAGUCAAGCUUUAACUCAACUUAUUUUAACAUGGUAUAAUAAUAAAGAUAUAGACAAUGAAGUAUUACAGGUUUUGUGGGAGAUAUUUUCAAUGAAAUUAUCAGAUACAGAUUCAUUAGAUAGUAGAUCUGCUUUAAUGCUAAUAACAAUGAUAGCUCAAGCUCAAAGUGGUAUUAUAAUUAGUAAUUUAGAAGUGUUAAUAAAAGUAGGACUUGGAUCACGAGCAAAAAGUGAUCUUUUACUAGCUAGAGAUACAUGUAGAGCAUUGUUAACUAUAAAACAUACGAGUGAUGACAUAGAAAAAGGACCUGUCAGGUAUCCUAAUGAUCAUGAAAUGUUCAAAGAAAUUCUUCCUUUAUUAAUAGAAAAUUUUGCAAAUGUAGAAGAAGAUGGUUAUAUUUCAUUCGCAACUGAUGCAAUUAGUGCAAUUUAUCAUUUAGCAAAUCAACCUGAUCAUUUAAUGAAACAAUUAUUAUUACAAGUAUAUAUUCGGGGAAAAUUGAAUAAUGAUUCAUCCGAACAUACUGUUUCAUCCUUUUUAUUAUCUAAAUUAUUGUAUUUAAUUGGCCAUAUUGCAAUUAAACAAAUGGUACAUUUAGACACAUCAGUGUACAAGGAAUUAAAACGAAGAGAUGUUAUACGAAAAUUAAAAAAAGAGAAGAAUUCAAAUAGAAAAAGUAGAAAUUUAAAUAGUUCUCAGAAAUUAACUACUCCAAAUAGUGCAAGACAAAUAAUUCGCAAUAAAGAGACAACUAUUAUCGAAGAUAAUGGAGAGGAAGCUGUGGAAGGAGCAGUAGAAGAUGCGGAUGCAGAGUUUAUAAACGACAUUCUAGAAAAUCAUAUUGUAACUGGAGAUGGACUCUUAGUAAAAUUUGUCCCAUUAGUACUAGAUGUAUGUCAGUAUCAUGACAAAUAUAACAAUGAAGAUGUACAAGCUGCUGGAGCUCUUGCUCUUAGCAAAAUGAUGACAGUGAGCUCCACUUUUUGCGAAAAUUCAUUACAGCUUUUAGUUACAAUACUAGAACGUUCACCAUAUCCUAAUAUUCGGGCUAAUGUUCUUAUUGGAAUAAGUGAUCUUACAACAAGGUUUCCAAAUCAAGUUGAACCAUGGAUGAAACAUGUUUAUGGCAGACUUCGCGACGAAGAUAUAAAUGUAAGAAGUACUUGCAUUCGAGUUUUAUCAAAUCUUAUAAUGAGAGAAAUGGUGCGUGUGAGAGGUCAAAUAUCAGAACUAGCUCUUUGUAUAAUUGACAAAGAUCCUCAAAUUCAGCAAGAUACAAAGCAAUUUUUUAAAGCACUUUCACAAAAAGGCAAUGCUUUGUACAAUGUGAUGCCUGAUAUAUUGUCUCGAUUAACUGAUCCUGAUUUAGAUAUAAACGAAUCAGAUUUUCAGGAAAUUCUGAAGUAUAUUUUAAAUUUAUUACAAAAAGAAAAACAAGUUGAUGCCAUUAUUGAUAAAAUUUGUGCUAGAUUUCAAUUGGCUACGACAGAAAGGCAAUGGCGUGACUUUUCAUAUUGUCUUUCACUUCUACAAUUUAGCACAAAAAGUAUACAUCGCCUUAUCGAAAGUUUACCCUUACUGAAAGAGAAAAUUCAUCACAAGCAAGUUUUAAAAGCAUUACACUCUGUUAUCGAGCAAACAAAGAAAAAACCAAAUACAAAAGCAGCGUGUAUGGAAUUGGAAGAAAAGAUAAAAGAACUUCUUAAUAAAACAGAGAACUCGAAGCAGGAUGAUGAAAUAAUGCCACCGCCGCCAGCACCAAAAUCAAGAAAGCGUAUCAGACAUAGAAAACAUAGUAGUAGCGAAGAAGAGGAAGAUGAUAUUGAUAAUGAUUUUGAUUCAGUACCUGUAGCAAAAACAAAAAAUACUAAAAAAACAAAAUCUCCUGAACAUAAAUCGAGUUCUGAGUCAGAUUCAGAUACUGAUGUACUAAUGAAAACUCCUAGUAGAAGACAGCAUACGGUAAAUAUAUCUACAAGUGCAACAAGAUCAAAUCGAAAGAAACGUACCAGUUCAGUUCCCGUUACGCCAUCACCAUUGACGAAAAAAAAUAAACAAAUUACAACGCCAGUUCCACAGAGAUCUUCGUUACGUUUAUCUCAGUUGCAAGGAAAAUAAUAAAAUUUAUAUAUAUAUUUCUACUUUUGUAUUUUUUGGUAUAGUAAAUUAAGAGUAAAAAAUAAAACAAAAAAAGUAAAAUAAAAUUUCAUCC